AGCGACAAGGAAGUGGCUCAGCAGUCGCAGCAGCAACAGCAGAUACAGCAGCAGCAGUAGCAGCAGCUACAGCUACUAAAGCAGCAGCUACAGCAGCAGCAGCAACUACAGCAGCAGCAGUCGCAGCAGCAGCAGCUACGACUACAGGAACUAACUACAGCACGACCAAAAGAGCCAUGGACCCCAGCUCUCUGUCCCAGGAGCCCGGCCUCGCCCAGCGCCACCUCUCGCUGAGUCUGCACGUCGACUUCUCGUCGCACGUCCUGCGCGGGGUCGCCUCUCUGCGCCUGCUCGCCCUGAGUUCCGCUUCCUCGCUGGUGCUGGACACGCGUGACCUGAAGAUCCUCAAGGUGACGUCCAGCAAUGGCCCCGCGACCUUUGCCAUGGGAGCGGUGCACAAGACGCUGGGCUCGGCGCUCGAGAUCACGCUCCCUUCGCCCGUCGAGAAGGGGCAGGAGGUGACCGUAGACGUGGAGUACGAGACGGCGCCGAGUGCCUCGGCCCUGCAGUGGCUCACGCCCGAGCAGACCGCGGGGAAGCAGCACCCCUACCUGUUCAGCCAGUGCCAGGCAAUUCACUGCCGGAGCAUGGUCCCUUGCCAGGACACCCCGUCGCUAAAGUUCACCUACGAUGCCAAGGUGUCUGUGCCCAAGUCACUGGUGGCUUUGAUGAGUGCCCUGUCCGAUGGCAGUGAGCCUGACCCCACCAAUGGAGAGUUCACCGUCCACAAGUUUAAGCAACCAGUGCAGAUACCCAGUUACCUCAUUGCCCUGGUGGUCGGAGCCUUGGAGAGCAGGGAAAUAGGCCCAAGGAGCAAGGUGUGGUCUGAGAAGGAGUUUGUGGAGCAGGCUGCUUCGGAAUUUUCUGAGACGGAGACGAUGCUGACGACGGCGGAGGAGCUGGUGGGGCCGUACGUGUGGGGCCGCUACGACCUGCUCGUGCUGCCGCCCUCCUUCCCGUACGGCGGCAUGGAGAACCCGUGCCUCACCUUCGUCACGCCCACCGUGCUGGCUGGAGAUAAGUCGUUGGCUGGAGUGGUUGCCCAUGAGAUCUCUCACAGCUGGACUGGCAAUCUGGUGACCAACAAAACUUGGGAGCAUUUCUGGCUCAAUGAAGGACACACGGUCUACUUGGAGCGCAUGAUCGCCGGCAAGAUGUUUGGAGAGAAGACCAGGCAGUUCUUCGCCAUCGGGGGCUGGAAAUCCCUCCAGGAGUCGGUGGACACGUUUGGGCCGGAGCACGGCUUCACCAAGCUCGUGCCGGUGCUGGACGGCGUCGACCCGGACGACUCCUUCUCCACCGUGCCCUACGAGAAGGGCUUCGCUCUGCUCUACCACCUGGAGCAAGCGCUCGGCGGGCCCGAUGUCUUCAUUGGCUUUGUGAAGGCUUACAUUGAAAAGUUUGCUUACAGCACUGCCACAACGGAGCAGUGGAAGGCGUUCCUCUUCGAGUACUUCAAAGACAAGGCCGAUGUUCUCCAAGCUGUGGAUUGGAAGGCAUGGAUUUAUUCUCCAGGAAUGCCACCUGUGAAGCUCCAAUACGACACCACCCUUGCAGAUGCUUGCUCUGCGCUGGCGGCACGGUGGAGCCAGACAAAAGAUGCGGAUCUGGCCUCUUUCAAUGCUGACGACUUGAAGGACUUCUCCUCCAAUCAGAAAGUAGAAUUCCUGGCACUUCUUUUACUGCAGCCCGCGCUGCCCGUUAAGAGCUUGCAGCGAAUGGAGGAGGUGUACAAGCUGAACUCCGUCAAGAACUCGGAGAUCAGAUUCAGGUGGCUCCGCCUGGGCCUUCGCGCACGCUGGGAGGAGGCCAUCCCGCUGGCACUACGGAUGGCGACCGAGCAGGGCCGCAUGAAGUUCACUCGCCCUCUGUUCAGGGACCUGUUUGCGUACGACGCCGCCCGUGGGAGAGCCAUCGCGGCGUUCCAGGCGGCGCGGGCGACCAUGCACCCGGUCACCGGCACGCUGGUGGCUAAGGACCUCAAUCUCUUGGUGCCCAACUGAGACCUCGCACACGCACACACACACACGCAUGCACUCACACACAAAGAUCCCCUUCGUAGCCUUCACAGACUGUUGGGGCAAGUGCUUUAAGGGAGUAGCACUGUGGCACACGAGGAGGUAGGUGGGGGGUUGCCAGCACCGCGCCUGGCCACCCACUGUCUCCCAGGUGGAUGUGUUCACACACUGCACCAGGUCCUCAUUUGAAGAUGAGUUGACCUAGGGGAGAAUCGUGGCUGGUUCAGAUAAUCAUCACUGGUGUUGGCUGUGAGCGGGAAGUGAAUUCGGGCCUCUGGGUUAAUAGCGCAGCACGCUAACCGCUUUACUACCGCACCCCACUACAUACACACAUUCACUCCGAUAAGCACGGUUGGCUACGUACAGUGCAAAAGAAGUUCAACAUACAUUCAACAUACAUGCAACAUACGUACAUACACAACAUGCACACAUCUUCCUUCACAAACACAUACACACAUUCACACAUGUACUCACACACAUAUACACUCACACAUACAUGUACACAUGCGUUUAGACCCACAUUCGUACGUGAAGAUCUGCCUCUUAGACUUGUAUGUGGUCAGGAUAAGCCCCGUUAGUGAGCACCUAUUAAGGCAGCACAGCACAGGAGGGGGGAUGGUGUGGCCAGUAUCACCAGCACCUUUGUCUUCUCAGUGCUGGUGCUGACCACACUGUUCUCGGUAAAUAUUUCGGGCAGAGCUCGGCUCGGGGAAGCUCGGGGCAAGUUCAGAGGCGUGUUGCUGGUGUGUGCAUGGCCAGGAUUUGAACGCAAAUCACCGGGAUUGUAGUGCAGUGUGCUGACCACGAGACCGCAACUCCCAUUAACACAAAGACAAAGAUUCCCCGUAUAGCCUUCAACAGCCUUUUGGGGCAGGUGCACAGUUUUCCCUCUCCACAUUUAGAAAUGUGCAUUGAGAGUAUUUGGCUGCUAUAAAUUUGCACGCGAUAAGCCACUUCGUUGGGCUAUCAUUGGUGGCCAGGUCGCUUCUGACAAAUAGCUGUAUAGCUCAGUGAGUUUUAGUUUAACGCAAAAACAAAGAUCACCCGUAUAGCCUUACCAGACUGUCGAGGCAAGUGCUGUUAGCGAGCACCUAUGAAAGCCGAAACGGUACACGAGGGGGUGGGUGGCCAGCACCACACCUUUGUCUCCCCAAUGGCGAUGUUUACACACCGCACCAGGUUCUCAUUUGAAGCUGAGUCGAUCUAGGGAAGGCCCAGGACCGGUUCAGAUAAUCGUCACCGGUGUAGGCCGUGAGCGGAAAUCGAACCCAGGUGGCUGGGUUCAUAGUGCAGCGUGCUAACCGCUACACUACCGCUCCCCACACACGUACACCCACCCACCUACACCCACACACAGCCACACGUACCCGAACAAAGACAAAUGCAACCAGGAUUUACAAAUGUUUUUAUGCAGCUUUGAGUUAACUAAAAGAAAAAGCUUUACAUAAGACAUCGGUGUACUAUGCUUGUUUGCUAUAACGGCUAAUCAAAACCAUGGAAUGAUUGAAUUGUCACAAAAGUUGAUUUUACCUGCAUAUCCUUUCUAUUAAUGAUACACGUUACAGUCGGAAUGGGAACGUUAGAAUUUAACCAGCACAGCGGUGCAUUAUUCUCUAAUCGUUUUGCAAGACCGCGUGUACAGAAUCGGUGUUUACUGGCUGUGGGUUGCAAUUGAUUUUUCCCGAAGGCUCCGAAUGUGUGUAUAUGGCUACAUGCAAUCAGAAUAACAUUAUACGCGAGUGCAAUCUGGUGGUGACUUCAAUUGCAAGAACAAAAAUCGACGUUAAUAGACACGACAUGGUGUGACCGCAUUUUAAGACGCUUUGGCAACUGCUCUAAGUCAUCCAAACGUCGGAGGCAAGUCCCGGCGUCCGGCAGUAUCGCCAUUCUAACCGCACUUCGCGAGUCGCUGUGCCUCGCACAAUGACGGCUGUCCAGUGUCCACCCGGUGGGUCGUUCUGACCUGGCGGAGUUGGUAGAGAAGUGCAUGCAUGGAGCGAGCGCCGAGGCGAAAAUUACUCGCGAGCCACUUGACUGAUGGAGCAGGGAAAGACUUAAUAAUCGUGAUGGUGGGAUUCAAACCUUCUUCCACGAAGGUGUUUGUAACGAUGUUUAAAGGUCGACGUCUUGGGACGUGGACUUCGGCAACAAAUAAAAGAGCUUUUCCAUUUUCGAAUUGCA